GUGCAGCACUGAGAGGGUUGGAGUACGAGCAAGCGGACGAGACGCCAGUUGACAGGUAAACAAGGCAACAGAACAUCCAGCAUGGUGGGAAGGAGACGUGGCUCCAGAGCCAACAGUGGACCACAGCAGCCCCAACAGCAACGCAGGGGGGGACCCCGCAAGACUCUGAGGGAGCCAGCAUUAUUUGCCAAGAAAACAGGAUAUGAGUCAGAGGUUCCUCAUGAAAAGAUGACCAUCGCCCAGGCCAAGAGAGGCACGCCAGCAAUCCGGCCAGUGCGAGUCUAUGCUGAUGGGAUCUUUGAUCUCUUCCACUCUGGACACGCACGCGCUCUGAUGCAAGCCAAGAACCUGUUCCCCAACACACAUCUCAUAGUGGGAGUCUGCAGUGAUGAACUCACACACAAGUAUAAGGGCUACACGGUGAUGACAGAGUCUGAGCGCUACGAAGCCCUGAUACACUGUCGCUAUGUGGAUGAGGUGGUACGGGACGCUCCCUGGACCCUCAGCCCUGAGUUCUUGAAGAAACAUAAGAUUGACUUUGUGGCCCAUGACGAUAUCCCAUACACCUCUGCAGGAUCAGAGGACGUCUACAAACACAUCAAGGAAGCAGGGAUGUUUGUGGCCACACAGAGGACAGACGGCAUCUCUACAUCCGACCUCAUCACCAGGAUAGUGAGAGACUACGACCUCUAUGUCCGACGCAACCUGCAGAGAGGCUACACAGCCAGUGACCUCAACGUUAGCUUCAUCAGGGAGAAGAAAAUCCGUCUGCAGAACCAGGUGGAUCGUAUGAAGGAGACGGUGAAGACAGUGGAGGAGAAGUCCAAGCACUUUGUGUUCAAGGUGGAGGAGAAGAGCCAUGACCUCAUCCACAAGUGGGAGGAGAAGUCACGGGAGUUCAUUGGGAAUUUCCUGGAGUUGUUUGGUCCAGAUGGAGCGUGGCAUGUGAUCCAGGAGCAGAGUGGGCGCAUGCUCCAGGCUCUGUCACCCUACGCAUCGCCCGUUGCCUCGCCCCGUGGCUCCCCCAGUAGCAGUCCCACCAGAGGGCGCUCCCCAUCGCCCCCCUCCUCUCCCACAUCCCGUUCUCCCCGUUCCCCUCCGUCCUCACCCACCUCCCCUUCCUCUCUCAAGGGUGCCUCUGCUCGUCCCUUAACCUCCCUCAGCAGCUCGAGUGAGGGGGAUGACGACGAGGAGUAGAGACGGCACUGUCACUCCCAAAACACAAACACACAGUGUCCACGGUUACUUAGUGCAAGAUGCCGCCCACAGUCUGCCAUAUUUGUGCUAUUUGAUUGUGUAUGUUGUUAAGGUAACUGAAUGCACUGUGGUAUCUCAAUUAGUUGACUCACUCCAUUCUCACUUCUGAUUCCUGUACCACACAAAUACAUAAAAAUAAUACCACUAUUUCACUGCAUCAACCAGGCUUUAUUUUUCUUUACAAAUACUUAGUGAAAUGCUCAAAUGUGCGUUCAGUUGUCUAUGAUAUGCAGUACAAAAAAACAUUUUGGACAUUUUCUUUUUUAAAUAAUACAUUGUUUCUAUGAAAUAUGAAAUACAAAACAAUCAUUUCUGAGAGUAUUUUGUCAUGCAAUAAUAACUAUUGACCCACUAAAAUAUCAAUUUCAUUUGA